AUGAAUGGCGGCCAGGCCCACCAGCGAUUUGGCAUGCAGAUCCCCAAGUUCCAAUCGCAGAGCCAUCACCCCCACCCCGCACAGCAGGCCCAUCACCAUGCCCAUCAUAACCAAGCUUCUCAUAGCAUCAAUCAUCAGCACAACUUCUCCAGUGGGGCAUUGGCUGCCGCCACUCCGCACUUCACUCCCGGCCCCCUCCAAAAUGGCGCUCAUGUUAAUGUGGACGAAGAUAUCGACGAGACCAUGAACGAACAUUGGCAGCAGCAACUCCAGUUGGCUGCAGAGUCACGGCAAGCGAGCUCCCCGCAUUAUUACGCCCGUACCGUCGCACAGCAAACCAAGGGCAUCCAGAUUGCGCCCAGCCAGCCUGAGUCACAAGAGAACGGGAGCGGCGAUCGCAAUGGCCUGGUGAAGUCCAAGCCUGCUCCUCGGCAAGGCUGGCAUGCUCUUGAUUUCGGCGGACAGGGUCUCCGCGCGCUUGCGACAUCUUUGUUCCACUAUACCUUCCUAGAGAAAUUGUACCUCAACCACAACAAGUUGAAGACGCUUCCUCCGGCAAUUGGUCAACUGCGGAAGCUAACCCACUUGGAUUUGUCGAGCAAUGAUAUUUCGGAGCUCCCUGAAGAGAUCGGUAUGCUCACAAGCUUGAAGCAGCUGCUUCUCUUCGAUAACAACAUUCGCACGCUUCCGUUCGAAAUGGGUUAUCUUUAUAGAUUAGAGAUGCUGGGAAUUGAAGGGAAUCCUUUGAACGAUGUUUUGAAGUCUCAGAUCAUUAAGGAAGGAACCAAGGCCCUGGUCCGGUAUUUGAGGGAAGAAAUGCCAGUUCAUCUUCCUCCCCCGGAUAGAGAUUGGAUCAUCCUGGACGAGACCGCUAGCUCCUCAAACAGUCCCACCGAGAAGAUUACCGUCCUUUCCCACAAUGCCCUCUGCGACUCUUCCGCAACCCCGAGUCACUUCGGUUAUACCCCGUCCCGUGUUCUUUCUUGGGAAUUCAGACGCGAGCUUAUCCUGAGCGAGCUGAGGUCGCACGACUCGGACAUUAUAUGUCUCCAGGAGAUCGACCAAGGCAGUUACAAUGGAUUCUUCCGGGAGCAGCUGGCUUAUAACGAUUACAAGGGUGUAUACUGGCCCAGAGGCAGAGCCAUGGGUAUGCAGGAGGAGGAAGCGAAGUCGGUCGAUGGCUGUGCCACCUUCUUCAAGGGAAGCAAGUUCAUCCUCCUCGAUAAGCAGAUGAUCAACUUCGGUCAAACAGCAGUGCGGCGACCGGAUGCCAAGGGUCAAGAUGACAUCUACAACAGACUCUGGCAGAAGGAUCAUAUUGCGGUGGUUAUCUUCCUGGAGAACAGGCUGACAGGCUCCCGCUUUAUCGUCGUGAACGCGCAUCUCUACUGGGAUCCCGCUUUCAAGGACGUGAAGUUGAUUCAGACCGCCAUUUUGAUGGAGGAAAUCACCAAACUCUCCGAGAAGUACGCGAAAUUCCCGCCGUGUACCGACAAGACUGCCUUCCGCUUCUCGGAAGCAGAAGUGGAGUAUGCCAGUGGUGAUCAGAUUCCGCUUUUCAUGUGCGGAGAUUUCAACUCAGCGCCUGGGUCGGCAGCGUACAACCUGGUCGCACACGGCCGGCUCACGGAGUCCCAUCCGGACCUGGAGAAGAGGCUCUACGGCAACCUUAGUCGGGUCGGUAUGACGCACCCGUUCAAGCUGAAGUCGGCAUACAACUCGAUUGGCGAGCUGAGCUUCACGAACUACACUCCGGACUUCAAAGAUAUUCUUGACUAUAUUUGGUAUACUUCCAACACACUUCAUGUCUCGGCGUUACUUGGGGAGGUGGACAAGGAGUAUCUGCAGAAGGUGCCCGGGUUCCCCAAUUUUCAUUUUCCAAGUGAUCAUGUCGCAUUAUUUGCGGAGUUUACAGUUAAAGGGAAAAAGGGAAAGGUUGUGGAAGCGGAUUUUGGGCCGCAACGGAAUUGA